GAAAAAGGACAAGGUCGUCUAAAAAGCUUUGACUCGGACGUUACGCGCCACGCAAUCACUCUGAUUUCUCACUCGCUAUAAAACCAACCAACUCCCUCGCAUCUCUCGCUCUUUUUUUUUCCCGAAAGCGUCGAAACCAAAAUUUUUGCCUCCCACAAGCGCCAGCGCAAUGAGGGAAGAAGCUAUCAGCUCCGGCGGGACCAAGGAUCCCACUUCUGCAGCGGCCAGUUCCGCUGGUGCGUCUUCACGUGCCGGACCUGUCAAUGGUGGCAAAAAAGAGAAGUCCAACAAUGCUCUUGAUUCCAGCAUGGCUUCUCCGUCUGUCAUCCGUUCUAAACAACCUGGGACUUCUACUCUUGGUUCAGCAAGACUUGCAUGUAGGCCAUGGGAGAGAGGCGAUUUAUUAAGGCGCUUAGCUACAUUUAAACCAAUAAAUUGGUCUGGAAAGCCUAAGGUUACCAGUUCAUUGGCGUGUGCUCAAAGAGGUUGGAUGAAUGUUGAUGCUGACAAAAUUGUUUGUGAAUCCUGUGGUGCAUGUCUGAGUUUUAUGCUGUUAUCUUCAUGGACUGUCACUGAAGGUUUGUUAUCUAGUAACGUGCUCCCUUCCUGUUCAUAUUUGUCUGAUGAGCUCAAGACUGGAGGAGUUCUUUUAGCUGGCAUUUGAAUACUACUAUAUAUUGAUUUUUUCUGAAGAGUCAAGUCCAUAGUCGGGUUGCCCAUUUUUGAAUCCAGCCUAACUAGAUGGAGCAAGAUGUUGUGUGAGGCAGUGCAAGGAUGGGUAGAAUAGAUAUUGGCUUAUCCUUUUUGUUCCGCAUCAAAAAAACAUCCACAUUUCAGAAAAUAACUAUAUGGGAAUACUAUAACGGGGAUGCUUGGUUUUACCUGAAUGUGCCAUUACCUUGUCUCUAAAAGUGAAUAUGUGUUCGUUAAAAAAAAAAGUGAAUAUGUGUCCAGUUGUCCGUAGGCAAGGGCGAGGCAAGGCAAAGAAGAUCUUGUUGGGUAUAGUUUGACUAAUCUUGAGAAAGUGAAUAUGGUCACUAAUGCAGGGAAAAACAACAGCUAACUCUCAUUUUGGGGUAUGAUUAGAACAUCUAGUUGCUCCCAGCACUCUAUCUGGUGUAAAGUACUAUUGCAUCAUUGAUGUUUAUUAGCCGUGUGAACAUUGACAUGUGCUUUCUUCUUUUCAACUAUUCCUGUCGUCCUUCGAACUGAAGUUGAAGAUGCUGGAGAAGACUUUGCUAAGCAGUUGGAUGCUGGCCACGAAGCUAACUGUCCUUGGCGAGGUCAUAGCUGCCCUGAAAGCUUAGUGCAGUUCCCUCCCACUCCACAGUCUGCUUUGAUUGGUGGAUAUAAGGACAGAUGUGAUGGACUUCUGCAAUUUCAGUUACUUCCUAUUGUUGCUUCAUCUGCCAUUGAGCUGAUGCGCGUUUCUCGAGGUCCACUCCUAGAUCGCUUUCUGUCUCAGUCUCAAAAUCCUACUUUCGAAGGAGGAGACCUAAAGUCAGAGGGCUUGCAAGAACCUGGAGAUGGAGCCCUCUGUCCAUAUUAUAUUGCCCAGAGGCUCAUCAGUCUUUGUGGGUGGGAACCAAGAUGGCUUCCGAAUGUUCAAGACUGUGAAGAGCAUUCUGCUCAAUCAGCUCGAAAUGGAUAUUCUUUUGGGCCUGCUCUGCCACAAGUUCAUCCUUCGCGUGAACGUGGAUGGAGCAACCAGGCACAUACUGCUUCAGCCAAAAAAGACAACGGGAAGAAGAAAAUGGUUGCUGUUGAGUCAAAAUGUGAUUCCAGGUCACCUUUAUUGGACUGUAGCUUAUGUGGUGCUACUGUGAGAAUACUCGAUUUCUUAACUGUCUCUCGACCUGCACGUUUCGCUCCAAAUGAUCUUCCUGAUGGAAGCAAAAAAUUGACCUUAACACGUGGAGUGAGUGCUGCUAGUGGAAUUAGUGGUUGGGUUGCAGCUGAUGAUGCAGAAAAAGAACAGGCUGAAGACCGUGAUGAAGUAGCAACUACAAAUGAGGGAAAGCUGCCAAUGAAUGCAGACGUCGAUUUGAAUCUCACAAUGGCUGGUGGUUUAUCUUUUACUCCUUUGGACAAGUUGAUGGAUGACGAUAACCUGGAUGAUGUGGAUAUGGGCAGAGAUCUAAUGAUUGGUCAACCAGCUGGGAGUGAGGUUGGCGACCGUGCGGCUUCAUACGAGUCCCGAGGACCUAGUUCUAGGAAGCGGAGCUUGGACAUAGUUGGUAGCUCAGAUGAUAGGCGACACUUGAUUUAUCCUGCUGACAGUGUUGAAGGAACUGUCAUUGACCGUGAUGGUGAUGAAGUUACUGAUGGGAGGCAGUUUUCUGCUGGGCCUUCAAAACGAGUUCGUGAUACAGAGUUUUUCGAUUCACACAGUUCAUAUCCAAGAUACUCCUCUGGUGCUGGUCCUAGCCAUUCGGUUGGUCUUGAGAUUAAUAUGGAUGGAAACAGAUUUGGUUCUUCUUUUCGUCGAAAUACUGACCACCAGGUUGCAGGUCCAUCUACUAGGGAUUCAACACGUGCAUCAUCAGUCAUUGCCAUGGAUACCGUUGGUCAUGGUGGGGAUGAUGACUCGAUGGAAAGUGUUGAAAAUUAUCCUGGGGAUGUUGAUGAUGUUCAUUUGCCUUCAUCGAGUACAUAUGGGAAUCUUGAUAUGAAUGAGACUUCAGAACUAAAUAAUAGCAAUCAGGCCCAGCCAAGCAUUGGCUUCCGACCAGUUGUGGCCCCAGGGGAAAUGGUUGUCAGUAGUACAAAUGACGGUGAGGAGAUUUUCAAUGCUGGAACAAUCACAGCUCAGGCUAGGGAUGGGUUUAGUUUUGGGAUUAGUGGGGGUAGUGUUGGUAUGUGUGCUAGUCACGAAGCUGAAAUUCAUGGGGCUGAUUUCUCCGUGCAUAGAGCAGAUAGUGUGGUUGGCGACAUGGAACCUAGAGUUGAAGAUGUUGACAACCAAGGUCAGACUGGUGAAUCGGUUCCUGAUCCAGGUUUGAUGGACGAGAUUGUUCCUGAUGAGAUAAACAGGGAAGAUCCUCAUGGGGGUGAUAGCCAGGAGAUGCUGUCUCGAUCUGUUGAGAGAGCUGAUAGCGGAUCGAAAGUAGAUGGUUCAACUAAGGCAGACUCUGUUGGAAGUGGUGGAGAAAAGGGAAGCAGGAGCAGUAAGAGAGUAGCAACAGGAGAAAAUGCCCAUCCUUCUCUUUCUUGUAAUGCCGUCAUUGACUCUGGCUGUGAAACAACUGCUAAUAAGGGCAAAAAAGCUGGGAAAUCCUCAUCGACAAACAAUGGUACUUGCAUAGAGUCAAAUUAUGCAGUUGCCAAUGGGAUAGAACCUCCAAAAGGUGAAAGCAACUAUGAGGAGCCUAUGGAGUUUGAUCCAAUUAUUCAUCACAAUGAGUUCUGUCCAUGGGUGAAUGGAAAUGUCGCUGCUGCUGGCAGCAGUAGCUGUGGUCCUGGAAGCAGCAAUGUAGUUGAUACUGAUGCCCUUUGUGGGUGGCAGCUGACUUUGGAUGCGCUGGAUGCAGUUGGAUCUUUGGCUAAUUUCGCCAUUCAACCCGUACAGUCUGAAUCAGCUGCAUCUCUGUACAAGGAUGAUCAUCAAACUCCUGGGCAAAAGCUUAUUCGACGACCUUCCAUGAGCAGAAGCCAUGGUCAGCAAUGAGAUGUGUCAUCCAAGAAAGCAGGACUGGAAACUACGUUCCCAGAAAUCGAUAAAAUGAAAACCGAUCUGUGGAUUCCAUGAUGAGACGGGUGUGAUAUGGUGGUUGUUCUAUUCUAGUAUGGUAGUGGUUCACAAUCUUGCCGACGUUAUAUGUAUGCUGGGGUUUAAGCAAGGACACCGGUCUUACAGCAGCAUAAUAACUCGAACUUUAGUUUUCUUUCUUUCUUUCUUUACGUCAUCUGUCUUUCAGUAGUCCCAGUCUGUUUGAAAGAAGAAUGAAUCCUAUUGUUAUUAUUGCUCAUCGCCUCCCCUCAGCCGAUCAAGAUCAACGAGGACCGGGGCGAUGGCUUGUUUAAAGUAUAUGCUGUCUUUCUAGGUUAUAUAUCGAAGACGUUUGUUCAGCUAGUCUUAAUAAUAGUUCGUUGGUGGAUAGCCACUGUUUUCAUGGGAAACUUUUUCUUAUCCAUUGUGUAAUUGGGGUGGAUUGUGUGGCGUGCAUCAUUGCCCAUCGACCUUUGUAACGUUCUUUUACGUCAAGACGGUUGUCCAUUAUCAAUCGUUCCUGUCUGUUCAAUUCAAACAAGAAUAUCAUAUUCAACUCUUGUAUUUGAUCGUUAGAUGAAUAGAGUGUCAUUUUUCUUAAAUCUAACUACGGUAAUGUGUACAAGUGGG